UUCAUCGCCGCGAAAACUAUCGAAACAAAGCCUCUGGGUACGCGCUAGCUGUUCCUCGCGCACGGCCUCGACGAGAUCGGGCAGAACACUGAGGCUGUACGGACCUCCGUGUCGGACCUGGACCGUUUUGAGAAGGUCGUACAGCUCACUGCCUUUCACCCUUUCGAGUCCGCCCUCGACGCCCUCAACUGGUGUAACGCCGUCUCCGAAGGCUUGCUAGCUGUUACUUGAAGUAUAUCACUCUAUUGUUUCUGGUCUUCUCUUGCGCCUCCAAGCCCUGCUAUUAGUGUUUACUUUCGGGAAUUGUGGGCGCUUCAUCAUUGCACCUUUUUUUGGUUGUUUAACGCUGCUGGGAUUUUAAAAAUUGGAUCUUUGUUCUCAUGUUAUUAAGAAUUUAGAGUAUGAGAAACCAGAUUAACAUGCUUGUUUUAUGCUGCAUUGGGCUGAUUUUCUAUUGCCUUCGUGAAUAGGGAUGGAGUAGUGAGUCUCAAUUCAACCAAGUUUUGAACAUUGAACUGGAUCAAAUAAUUGAGGUUCUUUAGCCCAAUCAGAACUCUUCAAUUAUAUAUUAAUUGUACAGUUGAAGAGGAAUAAAUGGAGAUGAUAAGGGAGCGAGGGGCAAGCCCAGGAGAAGAGGUAGUAGAGGAAGAUGAUGGAAUCCUCUCAAUUCCACGAGGCGGACCCAUUUACACGCCCAACCUUGUGAGCCCCCUCUCUUCGGUUCCCCAUUUUGAGGCUUCUCUUCUCCUGCAACUUCAGAAUCUAGAGGCGGAGCUAGGCUGUUCAGAUUCCUCUCAACCGUCUGAUGAAGCUAUUUCGGUUGAUGAACUUAAAAUAUUGAGUGAAGAAGAAUUAGUGGAUAUGGCUAUGAAAGUUGCAUUUCAGCAGGGUGACCACGAGAAUUCUUCACAACCUUUGGAAGAGCAGUCUGCCGCUGCAGGGAAAGGAGAUGCUCACAGUAGAUCAAGAAAUAAGCAUGCAUGCUCAGAAAGCUUUUCAGGUGGGGAAAAGCUUUUAUCCUCAUCUGAGAUCCCAAAUGAUUCUCCUUCCCUAACUGGUAGCAUUCAAAAUAGCCACUCAAGGAAGAGAAAGAGAAGAAAAGCGAAUAACCAUGCCAUCGAAGAUAGUUAUACUGCUAAGGUGGAGCAACUUGUGAAAAUUAAACAAAAGCAGGACGAAGACAAAGCGGCGGCAAGACUGCACUCAUUCAAUGGUGGUUGCGAGAUAAAUGAAAGUGCCAUUACAUUGUCAGAAGGAACUGAGAGGAUGAAAUCUCUCAGGUUUACAAGUUAUGCUAUGAAGGUGAAAUCACCAAGCAUUGGGGAACACAUAGCUGUGCCAUAUCCAGAAGUUGUUCUUUGUGUUGAGGUUUACCAUAGCUCACGGAAGUGGGUGAAGACUCAGGAGUUUUUGGUCCUAGGCCAUCAAACCUUGACUGAACUGAGGGAUAAGAUCUAUUGCUCAACUGACCAGGUGAUGCUGAAGGCUGGGCAGCAUGAUCCUUCUGGAUAUUUCCUUAUAGAAGAUGUAUUUUUCAACGAUUUGAGGGAUCCCUCUGCUAUAGAUUAUAGUGAACCUAUCUUUGACUGGCUCAGAAACUCUAAGGAUGAGGCUCUUAAAAAAUGGGAAAGCAUUACAACUGGGGAAUUACAACAGAAGCAGAAAGCAAUUGUUGGAGAUGUUACAGGCCUGCAAUUACCUCAGUUCAAAGCUGUUGACAUGCACAUGACACGAUUUUGUGACUUAAGGUUUCGACUAGGUGUUGGAUAUCUCUACUGUCACCAGGGAGACUGCAAGCAUGCAAUCGUGAUAAGAGACAUGAGAUUAAUUCAUCCAGAGGACGUGCACAACCGAGCUGGUUAUCCAAUAGUCUUAUUUCAACUAAAAUCUCGUGUUCAGAAAUGUGAUGUUUGUAAGAUAUAUAGAGCUACUAAGGUGACGGUUGAUGACAAGUGGGCCCAGAAGAACCCUUGCUAUUUUUGUAAAGACUGUUAUUUUCUUCUUCAUUAUGGUAAGGAUGAGUCUCUGCUGUAUAAUGACUUCUCAGUAUACGAUUAUCAACAUGAUUAAUUGAGUUGUUCACAUUGAACUGAA